AUGGAAUUUCAUACUCCGCCACCCGUCCGCAGAGAGAAAAGUUACCGGAAGCCAGUUCCCGUCUAUAUACCAUCUCCCCCGGCGUCGCCUAACGCUCCUUCAACGUCUUUGCUGCCGUUGUCGCCUAUGGUCGUGUAUUCAUCUCAACGAGAAAGUAUACCUCCUCUUCCCGCUGACUGGAAAACAAUGCUACAGCGCGCUAUGUAUCUAGAUAUGGAAACAGAGACAACUCCGCCACUCGAACUCAAAACGCAAGAUGAAGCGGGUGAAAGGCUUAAUGAUCCUCCUGCUGGAGGCGUUCCUGUCCCUCAACGUCCCAGAAGUCCUAGACGGCGAUUACCUCAGGCCUUCAGGCCUCCUACGCCACCUUUAUCAAGAAAGCGGAAAUUCCGAGACGAGGAUGCCUUGUCGAUUCUCGUGGCCCAACCUUCAUCAUCGGAGACGAACGCCACCGACACAGCCUUACGGCGCUUUCCCGCAAAGUUGGAGCCUUUAAGAUACAUGCCUGCCAAUCCGACUCAGCCUUCGUUGAGUGCACGAACUUCCUUCAGGACCGAACGAUCGGCAGUUUCUUCACUCACUCUUGUCACACCCGGUAGCCACGGUUGUGGGACCGUUCGCAGUGCGCAACGCCACGAUUCUGACGAUCCUACCUUAGACCAGUGGCACGAUCUUCCUGUCCUUCCGAUGCACGUUGUCAAACUUCCGAGUGGAAAAGUCGAGAUCGGUAAACAUCUAACGAGCGCCGCUUCCGAAACCACCUGGCGUGGACGUAUAGACUGCCUAACCAGUCUAGUUAAAAACGGGUUUCUUGCUUUCACAGGUGCUUUGAAGCAUGCGCUCUGUGGUUGCUUUGCUGGACUGAGUUGCAAUGUUAUCACUGUAUUUUUACCAAAGAGCACAAAUGGACGAACAACGUAA